AUGGAAGGGUGCUGUGAUCUUGAAGUUGAUGUCAAUGGCCAAGAAACUUUCAUGCUGCACAAGAAAACUCUUGUAUCUUUCUCAGGUUUAUUUAGCAAAUUAUUUGUUAACUCGAGAAGCACAAGGAACCUGAAAGUGAUAUUCAAUGACUUUCCAGGAGGCGCAGAGGGUUUUGAGCUCGUGGCAAGGUUUUGCUACAAUAAUGGCCGAGCAGCAAUAACCCCCUCGAACAUACUUCUACUAAACUGUGCUGCUAAUUUCUUGGAGAUGGAAGGUAAUGGUUCGAUUAGGCCCAAUUUAAUAGACCAAACUGAGAAAUCUCUUGAAGGGAUCAUCUUUUGGACUUGGUCUGAGCUCCUAGAAGCAUUGAAACAGUGCCAAGAUUUACUUCCCGCCACAAAAUCUUCAGUUGUGCUUCAGAAUAUCUUGGAUUGUCUUAUAGGAAGGCUUGCUUUGCCUAGUGUUGCAAGCCCAUUCGCAUGUUCCUCAAACAAUUCUAGCUGCAAAUUUUCCUGUGAUACAAUAAGCACUGACAGCCUGAAAAACAACUCUUCUCAACUGACUUGGUGGUUUGAAGAUUUUUUGUUCUUGAGUGUUGAUAUGAUUGACAGGGUAAUUAAGACAAUGGUCUCCCAGAAAUUUGACCAAGCUAUAAUUUGUAAGUUCCUCUUCUAUUAUCACAAAUCAAGAUGUCUUGGUGCAGCACCAGCUGAGAAGCAGAGAAUCACAAAGGUUGUAGUCAGCCUGCUUUGUUUGCUUGAUAGGAGUUCUCUUUGUUGCAAGGGGUUAUUUGAAAUUUAUCGAGUGGCUUUGGGGUUGAAAAUAAGCAAAUUUUACAAAAACAAGAUAGAGAGUUUGAUGGGUUCACAGCUGGAUCAAGCAACAAUUGAUUAUCUGCUUGCUCCAUCUCCACAUGGGAGGGACUAUUCUUAUGAUGUUAAUUUGGUUUUGAGGCUUGUACAAGCAUUUCUCCUUGAAUGCAGCUGUUUGUCAUCUACAAGUCGAUUGAAGAAGGUUGCCAACUUGAUGGAUUUGUACCUUGGGGAAGUGGCUCCUGAUUCCCAUCUGAAACCUUCCAAGUUUGUGGCUUUGGUAUUAGUGCUGCCAGAUUAUGCUAGAGAAUCUGAUGAUCAUAUCUACAGAGCCAUGGACCUGUUUCUAGAGGUUCAUGCAGGGUUGUGUGAAGAAGAAAGGGUAAGUGUCUGUUGUGCACUGAACCAUGAGAAGCUCUCACCAGAAGCUUUGAAAGAUCUAUCUCGAAACUUAAAGUUUCCUUCAGAAACAGUGGAAAGAGCCCUUAUUACACAACAAUCCAAGAUCAAAAGAUCACUGCACGAAAAUUUAAGCAAGGAAAAGGAUGCUGAUCAGCAAAUCCUUCUUUAUAAUAAAAAGCUCCAUCUUUCAAGUGAUAAUGAGAAGCUUAGAGCAGAUUUGCAAGGAAUGAAUUGGAAGGUGAUGGAGUUGGAGAAGAGAAGAUCGGGUUGCCGGCAAAGCCGGCACUGAGAGGGAGCAAUUGGGUGGUUGAUGCUUCGCACUGUCAGGGAUGUAGUUCUCAGUUCACCUUCAUCAAUCGCAAGUUGUACUCAGCAAAGGAUAGUUUUGCGCGGACAAGGGGAUUCACCUGUGCGCAUAUGCGAGCCUUGUAAGAAGCUUGAAGAGGCCGCUCGUUUUGAGAUGCGACAUGGGCACAAGAGUAGAGCUGGGAGAGGCGGUUCAAAGUUGACUUCAAAGUAUGAGGAUGAAGUUCUGAAUCAGAUUCUGGGUAGUGCACGACAGGAAUCCUCUUCAUCAGGGCAGGUGUCAAACGAUGAGAUUGUUUCUAGUAUUCAAAGGGCAACUAGCAGUUCAUCCUGUUCAAAUGCUCAAGAAGUUGAUACUCUGGAUGGGGGUGAAGAAAUGCAUGGAAGUAUAUCUCGCAAUGAGCCUAAUCAUUUAAAGAGUGAGAUGGGAUCUGCUAGUCCUGAGGAAUUGCGUCAGCAAGCUUUGGAUGAGAAAAAGAAGUAUAAAAUUCUGAAAGGAGAAGGGAAGUCAGAGGAAGCUCUCAAAGCCUUUAAGAAAGGGAAAGAGCUUGAGAGGCAGGCUGAGGCUUUGGAAAUAUACUUAAGAAAAAGCCAUAAAAGGGCUUUAUCUUCUGGAAACAUGGCCGAUAACCAGAAUAAAGAUGACCCUAAAGAAUCUGGGAGAAAAAAUAAGAUCAUUCCUCGUGCUUACAAAGAAAAGGAUGACCUUGCUGCUGAACUUAGAGAACUGGGAUGGUCUGAUAAAGAUUUCCAUGAUGAAGAUAAAAAGCCAGCAAGUGUGAGUUUAGAGGGUGAACUGUUGUCUCUUCUUGGAGAAGUCUCUCAGAAGACUAGUAGAAAUGAGGCUAGUGGUGGCAUUGACAAGACCAAUGUUGUUGCUCUCAAGAAAAAGGCACUCAUGUUGAAGCGUGAAGGGAAGUUAGCAGAAGCCAAGGAAGAAUUGAAGCGAGCUAAAGUUUUAGAGAAACAACUAGAAGAAGAGGAACUCUUGGCUGGGGCUGAAGAUUCUGAUGACGAGCUUUCUGCAUUAAUCCAUAGCAUGGACAAUAAUAAAGAAGAUUUGUCAAUUCUAUAUGAGCAGGAGCAUGGUUUUGAAUUUGAUCAUAUUGUAGGCACUUCUGAUGAUUUUAUUGUUGAUAGUAAUUUUGAAGUGACAGAUGAGGAUAUGGAGGAUCCUGAACUAGCUGGUGCUUUGAAAUCAUUAGGUUGGAGUGAAGACUCUAUUCAACCAGAAAACACUUUGCACCAGUCUGUUCCUGUUGACACAGAAGCGAUGUUAAGUGAAAUUCAAAAUUUGAAGAGAGAGGCUCUUAAUCAAAAAAGGGCAGGUAAUGUUAAAGAGGCAAUGGAAAAGCUCAAGAAGGCAAAGCUUCUUGAAAGGGACCUUGAAAGCUUUGAGUCUCAAAAGGAUAACUUUAUUGGACAGAAGCCCAUGGUAUCUCAGAAACACUCGACUUCUCUAUUGGCUGAUAAAAAUUUUACCUCAGCAGAGGUUGAUGAUGGAGUUGUUAACGCAAGGGAAGAUGGUGAUCUCAGACUUGCACCUAAGAGUAGAUUAACGAUUCAGAAGGAGCUUCUGACUUUGAAAAAGAAAGCUCUUGCUUUGAAAAGGGAAGGCAGAUUAGAUGAGGCAGAGGAAGAAUUGAAUAAAGGUAAGGUUCUUGAGCAUCAGCUUCAACAGAUGGAUAAUUCUUUGAAGGGGAAGGCUACCCAGGUUACUGUUGGUAGUAAAGACCCAGAUUUGUCAUACAAACAUCCUGAUAUCAAUAAAAAUCUUCCCGAUGGAGAAGGAGACAUCGAAGAAGACAUAACAGAUCAAGAUAUGCAUGACCCAACCUAUCUUUCACUUCUAAAGAAUUUAGGUUGGACUGAUGAAGAUAAUGAGCUUGCAAAUUCUGCAUCCAAGCCUUCUAAGCAAGAUGAUAAUCUUUCUAUGCAGAUAAGUGAGUCUUCUUCAACUCAAUCCCCUUCUAAUGUCUUGGUCAGAACAUCAAGAAGUAAAGCUGAACUCCAGAGGGAACUCUUAAGCAUAAAGAGAAAGUCUCUUGCUCUGAGACGCCAAGGAAAGACUGAGGAGGCAGAGGAAGUUCUGAGGAAUGCAAAAGUAUUAGAGGCUCAGAUAGCGGAGCUUGAAGCUCCAAAGAAAGAAGUUCAGAUUGAAUCUAAUAGGCCUAAUCACAAAAUCUACAAGCCUCCUGUUGAGAGUUCACCUGUAACCAUGCCAGAGAGGCCUAAACAAGUUGCUGUUAAUACCUUACAUACUAUGGAUCCAUCUGUGAUUGGAUCCUCUUCUGACCCUCCUGUUGCAGCACCAAGAAGUAAGGGAGAAAUUCAAAGGGAACUUUUGGGUUUGAAAAGAAAGGCCCUUGCUCUUAGACGUAAGGGAGAAACAGAACAAGCAGAGGAAACAUUGAGAGCUGCUAAGGUACUAGAAGCCCAGCUGGAAGAUUUGGAAGCCCCGAAAGAUGAACUUCUGGUUAAUGCUUCCGAGAAUAAAAGACCUGAGCCUUUUGAGUUAUUGGUUACUCAUGACAACGAUGGGAAUUUCAAAGAUGCAGUGGAAGUAAAUAAAGGGUCAGCCCCAGCAGUGGCGAGUCUAAAUGACGAAGUUUUUAAGUCAUCAGUGGGCUCAGGAAAAACGGAAAAUGACAUGGUUAAUCCUUCCUUUAGGGAUUCUGGUAUUUCGAUUCCUGUAAUCUCUCAGUUCACUGAGAAAAAGAAUCCAUCUUUUGUAGAUUUGGGUACUCCCGAUAAAAUUAGUCCUCCGGACAACAACAAAACAGCAGGUUCUUCUUACUUCUCCCCACCUGACAAGUCCGUGAACAUGAUGGAUCUGCUGACUGGUGAUGAUUGGAGUUAUUCUCAAAAGUCUGAUGAAAGGCAAGAGGAGAAAUUAAAUUUUGGUUCUGAUGUUUCAUCUCUUACUAGUCCUGCUAUUCGUUUAGGAUCCCUGUCAAGCUCCAGAGAAGAUCUUGGAAGCAAGGAUGAUGUUACAACCAAGAAAAGAGAAAUGGUAAAUGCAGAUGAGAAGACAUAUAUACAUAAACCAAAUUCAGUUCAGGGCUUUGUUUCUCAGAAAAAUGACAGCUCCCUGCAGCAAGAAAUUUUGGUUCAUAAGAGGAAAGCGGUUGCUUUAAAGAGAGAAGGGAAAUUGCCAGAAGCUCGAGAGGAACUUCGUCAGGCAAAGCUGCUUGAGAAGAAUCUGGAGGACAAUCCCCAGCCAAAAGAUGCUCCUAGUGAUGUGUCUACUUCUAACGUCCCUUUCGUUGAAAAAAGGGAGCAGGGUACAUCAAAUUUGGCUCCAAAACCACUGUCCAGUCGUGAUCGUUUCAAAUUGCAACAGGAAUCUCUUGGCCACAAACGUAAGGCCCUCAAGCUGCGAAGGGAAGGCCGGAUGGAAGAAGCAGAGGCCGAGUUUGAGUUGGCCAAGGCACUUGAAACCCAGUUGGAGGAGUUGGCUACUCAUGAUUCUGCAGUGUCUUCUGUUGGUAAAUUAGAACCAGUAGAUGAUGUGGUUAUUGAGGAUCUUCUCGAUCCUCAACUAUUGUCUGCCUUAAAAGCUAUUGGCGUGGAAGACGCGAAUAUGGCAGUGUCACACGUCCCAGAAAGACAAGAGCCUUUGAAACUCAAUGUUGGUAAAAGUGGGAAUUCUAAUCUAGAGAGAACUCAACUGGAAGAACAGAUCAAAGCAGAGAAGGUAAAGGCUGUAAAGUUGAAACGUUCAGGAAAGCAAGGCGAGGCCAUGGAUGCUCUUCGCCAUGCCAAACUUCUUGAAAAGAAGCUGAAUUCCUUGGCUUCACAAUGAAGAAAUAAGGAUACCCUGUUUUGAAGCUGGGAAAUCCUCCCUUGUGCAAACUCGGAUGAUUCUGUAGGUGAGAUUGCUGUUGUGGCAAAAUAACUCAGAAGCAGGAUGCUAUGCUUGAUACUUUAAAAAUCUUCUCAUCCAUGCACGCAUGUAUUUGUUAUUUAGGUUGACGAUUGGUAAAUGAAAAAGCGUAUGAUAAUUUACAGAGAUACAAUUUUUCUAUGAAA